CAACGUAAACACACACAAAAAAACUCUCUCUGUCUGUUUUUUAUUUUCAUAUGCUUUCUCUCCUCACCACCCAUAUAACCAACAAAAACUCCAAUCUUCAUCACCAACAACACCUUUAACAACAAUAGUACUAUACUGUACUACCUACUUAACUCUCUCUCUCUUCUCUCUCUUGGUGUUACUUCAUGAUUGGAUGUUCAAAGUUUGUUGUUCUUUUGUUAAAAAUCUGUUCUUUUGAUUAAAACACAUAAAGGGUUGUUGUAAUGUGAGCGUCUUAUUUGCAAUGUAGUUAGUUAGUUAUUUAUCUCAUCAGCUUUGAAACCGUUGCAUUUGAUUUGAUCUGCUUUUGGGGUUUGUGAAAUUUUUAAAAAAGGUUAAUUUUUGAUGAUUUUUGGAGGAAAAAACUGUGACCCUUAUGAAGAAUUUGAACUGUUACAAACAAGUUUCUAAGAAUGGAAAAUCUGGGAAGAGAUUUUCACUUGGGGAGUAUCAGAGAGCAGUUUCUUGGUCUAAGUAUUUGGUGACACCUGGUGCUGCUAUCAAGGGAGGUGAGGAGGAAGAAUGGAGUGCUGAUAUGUCUCAGUUGUUUAUUGGAUCUAAAUUUGCUUCUGGGAGACAUAGUAGAAUCUAUAGAGGUGUUUAUAAGCAAAUGGAUGUUGCUAUUAAGCUUGUGAGUCAGCCUGAAGAAGAUGAGGAUUUGGCUGCUUUUCUUGAGAAGCAGUUUACUUCUGAGGUUGGUUUGCUUUUGAGGUUGCGGCAUCCUAAUAUCCUCACUUUCAUUGCUGCUUGCAAGAAACCACCGGUUUUCUGUAUAAUCACAGAAUAUUUAGCCGGUGGUUCAUUGAGAAAAUACCUACAUCAGAAAGAACCACAUUCAGUUCCACACGAACUCGUUCUGAAACUAGCACUAGACAUUGCAAGGGGAAUGGAAUAUCUUCAUUCCGAAGGGAUACUUCACAGGGAUCUCAAAUCAGAGAAUCUUCUUUUAGAUGAAGAUAUGUGUGUAAAAGUAGCUGAUUUCGGUAUCUCAUGUUUAGAAUCUCAGUGUGGAAGUGCAAAAGGAUUUACCGGAACGUACCGUUGGAUGGCUCCGGAAAUGAUCAAGGAAAAACAUCAUACCAAAAAAGUCGAUGUUUAUAGUUUCGGUAUCGUUCUUUGGGAGCUUUUAACUGGAUUGACUCCGUUCGAUAACAUGACGCCAGAACAAGCAGCAUUUGCAGUUUCCUACAAGAAUGCAAGACCACCAUUACCAUCUGAAUGUCCUUGGGCAUUUAGUAACCUGAUCAAUAGAUGUUGGUCAAGCAAUCCAAAGAAAAGGCCACAUUUCGUCGAGAUCGUUUCAAUAUUGGAGCGAUUCGCCAAGUCACUUGAACGAGAUUCAGAGUUUUUCUCGACUUACAAACCGCGACCGUCUAAUCCAAUUCUGGGUUGCUUCCCUAAAUGUAAGGCUCGCCAAAAAUCUAUUACUUGCAAAGCAAAGUAAUAGAUGCUACUACUCAAGCAUUUGAAGGGCUUCAAUUUGUGUUAUGUGAAGAAUUGUGUUAUAUUGAAUCCAUUGAACAAAAAAUUUGUUCAGUUAAUAAAUGCAAUUCUCUUCUAGUUGAAUCA